AUGACCGCCCACAAGCCAUUUGUGCUGUUCUUCAACCCUGUGAAACAUGCUGGUGACUUUUACAAGAAGUUACAAGACGUGGCUCAUACGGAAGUUGUUACCAGUAAGACCCGGGAUGAGUUCUUUAAGGAUCUGCAAGACAAGUACCAAGACAUCUUUGCAAUCUAUCGAACGUCGGCUAGUGGUGCAGUCGCAGGUAAAUUUGACAAAGAGUUGAUCGACAAGCUGCCACCAAGUUGCAGGUUUAUUUGCCACAACGGUGCCGGAUACGAUCCGAUUGAUACAAAGGCAUGCGCCGAUAAGGGCAUUAUCGUAACCAAUGCCCCCGACCCGGUCACCGACGCCACUGCCGAUCUGGCCGUUUUCCUCUUACUCGGGGCUUUACGUCAACUCAACCCUGCUAUGCAGGCACUGCAUGCCGGAAAGUUCAAGACGGGGGUUGACUUCGGCCAUGAUCCUCAGGGCAAAACACUUGGGAUCCUUGGUAUGGGCCGAAUCGGCCGCGCAAUCAAGGCACGCUGUGACCCCUUCGGCUUGAAGACGGUUUAUCACAACCGCAACCCUCUAUCCGCCGAACAGGCUGCCGGGGCCGAGUACGUCUCGUUCAACAAGCUGGUGGAGGAGAGUGACAUCAUCAGUGUCAACGUUCCAUUGAACGCCAAAACAAAGUACCUGCUCGACGCGGCGGAAAUCGCCAGGAUGAAACCUGGCGUGGUUAUUGUCAACACGGCGCGGGGUGCAAUCAUCAACGAAGCUGCGAUGGCCGAUGCGCUGGAAGAUUGUCAUAUCGGCGCCGUGGGCUUGGAUGUCUACGAACGGGAGCCUGAGAUCAAUGAGAAGCUUCUCAGAAACCCUCGUGCUCUUAUGGUACCCCACGUGGGGACUCACACAACUGAGACGCUGGCCAAGAUGGAGACGUGGGCGAUGGAGAACAUAAGGCGAGCCAUUGUCGGUGAGACAUUGUUGUCGCCAGUCCCUGAGCACCAAGCCCUUUGCUGA